GUGUGGGCGCUGCCCCCCCGCCCCGCCCCCCCCACGGGCGGCCCUGCGUGGGCGCCGUGACCCGCCCCGCCCUCCCCUUCCUUCCCUUCCCCCGAGCAGCCCCGAGCGCGCGCCCCCGCGCGUGGAGUUCGGGGGCUCGGGGGGGGCGGUGUCGCGGCCGGGGCGGGGCGGAGCGGAGGGACCGGAGCGCGGUAGCGGGACCCGGGCCCGGCUCCCCCGGGAUGCGGCGGGGCGCGGCGGCGGGCUGGGCGCUGCUGCUGCUGAGCGCCGCGCUCUGCGACACGGUGACCGGCAAGGGCGGGCGCGGCGGGGCCCGGGGCGCGGCGCGGGGGGCGGCCCGCGGCGCCUCCCGUGCCCGGGUGAGGCCGGCGCUGCCCCGCUACGGCUCGGCCGGGGCGGCCCUGCGGGUGGCCGGGGCGGCGGCGGCCGGAGCGGCGGCGGGAGCCGCGCUGAGCCGGGUCCGGUUACCCGGAGAGUCGGAGGCGGGUGGCGAGUACCGGGAUGGCAACUGGACCUCCGCCGCCUCGGCCCGCGGCCCGCCGGGCUGGGCCGCGCCCUGGCUCUGCCCGCUGGCCGCCCUGCUCCGCCCCUGACCGCCGGCCGCCACCCCCGGGGCCGCGCCCACCCUGCCGCCGGGGCAGGACCCCGCCGGAGCCCACCCACCGUGCCACCCCAGCCUGUUCGGGUCCCCGGUCGCGCCGUUCUUCCGUACGUGGGACUCCCCGCGCCGAAAGGAGAAAGCGGCAGCAAUAAAACUGGGAGUAACA